UUAGAGGUCAUUUUAGUUUCCGGGAGUUUUUUUUUUUUUUGCAAAAAAAAGUGGAAAUUCUCAUUUGCUUGUCAAAUAAUACAAAUGAGUCGAAAGUAUGAAGACGUACCUACGAAAGGCUCCGAACACCUACCUCUAGAUACACAAGUAACCCUACAAAAUGGCGAACAAGUGAUACGAAAACAAGGUCGUAAAACUCUUGGUCAGAGUUUGGUAGAACUCUAUUAUGAAUACUGUGGAAACACAUCUCUUCACGGCAUCCAGUAUCUGGGUCAGAAACGUCCUUGGAAGGAGAUUUUCUUUUGGAUUUGUAUCUUCAUACUGUCGACUUUUUAUUGUAUGCAAACAAUUGGAAAAAUUUAUGACAAAUGGGUCGAUACGCCAGUGAUUGUAAGUUUUUCGGAACGCUCUACACCGAUUGCCGACAUACCAUUUCCGGCCAUUACAUUGUGUAGUGAAACACGUCGACCAAUUGACCCCGAAGCUGUCCAAUAUGGCCAUCUUUUGGCUUUGAUAGAAAAGGGCGAAAAUCUACCAACAAAUUUAACCGAAAAUGAGCGUGAGGAAUUUUUGACUCUACUUCACACAUGCAAUUACGAAACGCUUAUCGAAAAAAUACCCAGAUUGUCGAAUCAAAGCCUCGAUUAUAUUCGAAUCCUAAGAAAUAUGUCAAUGGAUAUGAGUUGGCAAAUAUCCUACUGUAAAUGGUUUGGUGCCUCAGAUACAUGUGAUGAUUUACUUACAGAAUCCUUCACCGAAGAUGGAUUAUGCUACACAUUCAAUGCCUUCAAUGGUACCGAUUUAUUUCGGGAAGACACUGUUCAAUACCGCAUAAUGGGUCUGGAAAGCCAAGUCAAAGUCUCGUCUACCAAUAGAAUAAAUCGAACGUUAACCUGGUCCCUGGAAAAAGGCUAUCCCAAGUACACGCCUUUGAAAACCUAUCCCGCCAGGGUUGUGAGUGCUAACACCAGAGUUUCUUUCGAUGUCUAUCUGCUAAUGGCCACAGACUUUUUCGAUUAUACAUGUAGUGGAGCUACACAAGGAUACAAAAUCGCAUUGCAUACACCGGAUGAUGUUCCGUUGCUAUCAAAACGUUUUGUGCGCGUAUCACCCGGCAAGGAAGUUUCAAUCGCCAUCAAACCCGUCAUGGUAACCACAUCGGAUGGCAUUGCUAGUUAUCCUGCAGCAAAACGCAAAUGUUUCUUGAACCAAGAACGCUAUUUGAGAUUCUUUAAGGUCUACAGUGAGAGAAACUGCGAAAUGGAAUGUCUAACAAAUUAUACUCUUAAAGAUUGUGGAUGCGUCACAUUUGCUAUGCCCCGAACUGCUGAUAUGCCAGUAUGCGGCGAGGACAAAAACACUUGUUAUCUGAAGGCAGAGGAUAAUAUGCUGCAGGAACAUUUUUCGUCCCAAUAUGAAAAUGGGAAUAACUGUAAUUGCCUGCCCUCCUGCACCUCCUUAGAAUUCGAUGCCGAGAUAUCUCAGGGAGAUUUUGAUACGAAGAGAUAUUUUGAGGCUUCAAAAAUGGAUUUACCAUUUGAUGCUGCGAUUUCGCAUUUAGUCGUUCAUUUCAAGGAUAACGAAUUUAUAACAUCAAAACGAUCCGAAUUGUAUGGAUUCUCUGAUUUUUUGGCCAAUUGUGGCGGUGUUCUCGGUCUUUUUAUGGGUUUCUCCAUAUUGAGUUUUGUGGAAAUAAUAUAUCAUGCAACGCUCCGUUUGUGGUCCAAUAUGAGAAGUAGAAAAAAUGUCCAAUAAAGUCCUAGCGUAUAUAGUGUGGAGUAAUAAUAAUGACAAUAAAAUACAAAAAAAAACCAAACUUUA